CAUUGUUUCCAUACCAAAUCGCAUCAGUAUACCAACUUUCCAAAUCUCAGGAAAACGACUCGAAUUCUGAUGGCUCGAUUCUCGAUUCUGGAUCUGUGCCCGGACCUUGUUGAAGAGGCGGUCAAGAUUGAACAACUUCACAUUUCAACUCAACCAUGCAUCAAGCAAGAAUCCACGGAUAUCAGUGACCCAAGCACAUCAAUCGACACUACUGACACCAUGUCCACCGAUUAUCUUCAUGACGAGAGCAUUGAUGACGAACGAUCAGAGAGCACAUUGAGCAAGGAUUCCAAGUCACCAUCAUCCAGCAACUCAGAAGAGAAAACUCCAAGCUCUCCGAACGACAAGCCACCAUUCUCCUACAAUGCAUUGAUCAUGAUGGCCAUCAAAGACAGUCCAGAAAAACGUCUCACAUUGGCUGGAAUUUACGAAUACAUCGUCACCAAUUACCCAUUCUACCGGGACAACAAGCAGGGAUGGCAAAACUCCAUCCGCCACAACCUCUCCCUCAACAAGUGCUUUGUCAAAGUUCCAAGAAACUUUGAUGAUCCAGGCAAAGGGAACUAUUGGAUGCUCGAUGCAACUGCUGAGGACGAGGUAUUCAUUGGUGGAGCAACUGGAAAACUGCGCCGUCGCCCUUCCUCUCUCUCGCGUGCUAGAAUGGACGCCUACAAGCAGUACGGAGCAGCCGCUGCAAACCUCUUCCCAUACUUCAGUCCAGGAAUGCCAGCCCUCCCUCGUCACCCGUAUCUGACUGCUCCAAAUGGCUUUCUCCCUCGUCAAAUGAUGCCGAUUCCAGCGAUGCCUCAAGUUUUCGCACAACCUGAACUUUUACAAUUAUACAUUAACCAACAACAAAGCUUAUUCACAAAACUACAGUAAUCCUUCUUUUUAUGGCCUUCAAGUUUUCUUAACUCAGCAUGUGUCUCCUAUUAGUAGUUCGGUGUACCUAUUUUUGAUUUAUAACUUAUUUCGACCUAAUUAACCUACACCAAGUUUACAAUAUUUCUAUUCACGGGUAGCAACUUGCAAUAUUUUUUUCAAGAAAUUGAUUAGCGGUAACUUUUAUAACUAUAAAUACAUGCCCCUCUUCCGCUUGUCAUCCUUCUCCCUCCACAACACCUUAUAAAGAUCUGUGUUCCUUGCUUUAUUACUUGUUCCCAUUCCGUGCUUGUAACACCAAUUGUUAUUUUUUCGUCAUUAUUGUCAACACCUUUAUGUUUUCAUAAUAAAUCACUUGUAGUCA